AUGUCGGACAGCAGCUCCAGUUCGCGGACACCGUCUCCACGGCCGUCGCGGAAGCGCAAGCAUGUACCUGACGAGCCACCGCUCGAGAUCGACCUGAACGCACCAGAGCCAGCAUCGAAGAAAGCCCUGCGGAAGGAAAAGAAGGCGAAGCUGAAGUCGAGCUCAAGUGAAGCGACAGUAUCAGCAGUCAGUGAAGGCACGGAAAAGGGCAACGAGACGAAGAAACCAGAGACGAAUGACGGGAACAAGAAGCAGAGGACAGGAUUCGGAGUGUGGAUUGGAAACCUGCCCUUCACGGCCACAAGGGAGAUGCUGCGGACGUUUCUGACGAGCAAGAGCGGGAUUCUCGAUAGCCAGAUCACUCGUGUACAUAUACCGGACAGCGGGAUGAAGCGGAAGGGCGUCAAGCAGAACAAGGGGUUCGCAUACGUCGACUUCACGAGCCAGGAGAUUGUCGGGCGAGCCAUACAAUUGAGUGAAGAGCUCGUUGGCGGCCGAAGGGUGUUGAUCAAGGAUGCUACCAACUUCGACGGCAGGGUGGUAAAGGAAGCUAACGGAGACGACUUGAAGACAGCGGGAGGAAAUCCACCGUCAACCAAGAUAUUUGUGGGCAACCUGUCCUUUGACACCACCAAGGAACACCUAGAAGAACACUUCAGCCCCUGUGGAAGCAUAUCGAACAUACAUGUCGCCACUUUUGAAGACUCCGGGAAAUGCAAGGGCUAUGCGUGGGUGGAAUUCGAGUCUACCCAGUCCAGCCAAGCUGCUGUACGCGGGUUUGUCAAAAUACCUGAUCCAGACGAUGAAAUAGAGGAAGAGGAGGAAGAUGACGAAGAUGGAGCUGAAGGAGCAAACGGCGCGGGUACGAAGAAGCCCAAGAAGCGGCGUAUGAAGAAAGUAUGGGUGAACCGGCUUCAGGGCCGUAACUUACGCAUGGAGUUUGCAGAGGACUCAACGACACGGUACAAGAAGCGGUUUGGCAAGGAGAAGACAGAGACGAAAGAAGAGGCUGGCUCUAAUAAGAAGCCUGCGAGUGAGGCUACGCAGGGAAAUGUCAAUCUCAAGCAGAAGAGCAAAAAGCCUAUCAAGUCCUACGGCCAGUACUCUACGGAAACUGUACAGAAACUGUCCGGAGCUAUAGUAGAAGCAAAGGGAACCAAGGUGACAUUCGAUUGA